AUCAAGAUGUCAUGCUUUUGUUUAUACUGCAUAUGUUUAAACAAAAAUAAGUUUGUGGCAGCCCGUGACGGCCACGUUCAAUUGUUACAAUAACAUUUUUUUCUUAGUGUAUUAAAAAUUAUAUUGUUGACUAAAAUAUUAUUUUAAGCAGCUCACGUUUUAAAGUUGUAUCUCAAUUAUCUUUAAUACAAAAUAAUAAUUUUUUUAGAUAAUGAGCAAGAGGAACGUCCCGGUCCCUCCAGACAAAUGGCUUCCGGUUCAAUUGGAGAUAAUAUGCAAGGCGAAAGUGUCGGUCUCUCCAGACAAAUGGAUUUCGAUCCAAUUGAACAGCCGGACAAUGUAGGCAAAGAAUCCGUAACAACGAAGGAACAGAAGUUGAAACAAAAUAAAAGGAGGCUCGAAUUCGAAUCUUUAAAAAUGAAGGAACAGGAAUUAAAGCGUAUGAAAAAGAAGCUCGGAUCCAAAAUCUCUGACGCGGACUCGAAAGAUGAUAAGCAAGAGGAACGUCCCGGUCCCUCUACACAAAUGGCUUCCGGUUCAACUGGAGAUAAUAUGCAAGGCGAAGGUGUCGGUUCUUCUAGACAAAGAGAUUCCAAUCCAACUGGACAGCCGGAAACGUAUAAAUGCGAUUUCUGUGCACAGACAUUCGAUUUUUGGGACAUUUAUUGCAAUCAUUUAUAUUACCACAGCUUAGAGAAUCAUCCUUACUACGUUUGCGAAUUAAAAUUUAUUUCUUACUCAGAAUUGCGUAAACAUUACAUUCGGGUACAUUCGGACGGUCCUUUAAAGUGUGAUAAAUGCGGAAAAUUUUUCGCGAAAUUUGAUUAUUUUGUACGGCACAAAAAAAGAUGUCAUAAUAAUGGCAAGUAUUUUUGUAAUAUAUACAUUAUUAUAUAUUCUUGUUCUAAUAAUAUGCAAAUGACGGAAGAUAUAAUUACAACGACAAUUUUUUAAAUAAUUGAACAGCGCAUGAUUAUAAGAAGAGAACAUGAUUUUAUUAUAAAACAUAAA